AUGGGCGGCGGAAUGAUGCGUUUCAAGCGCUCCCACAUGCGCACCAUGCGCUGCCCGCCCGUUGCUACCACCUCUAUCGCCACCAUUGCUGCAUGCCACCCGCUGCCACCCGCUUUGCGGUCCAAGUCAGUGAGCGACCCUGGGGGGGCGGGAACGGGGGAGAAAGAUGGCAAGAAGGACGACGGCAAUGGGAGUUGGAGGGGGGAGACGGUGGGGGUGGAUAUGGGAGUUGGAGGAAGGGGGGCAGAGGAGUGGGGACAAAGGAGACAAGGGAAGGGGGAUGGGAGGACGGGGGAGGUGCCAGGAGGGGAGGGUGCGAAUGGCGAGAAGAAUGCGAGCAGCGCUGCUGCCGUGGCAUGA